AUGUCGACAAAACCAUUAUAUUCAUUCCGUUUUGAACAUUUUCAAAUGGAAAUUCCAUAUACAACUUAUACUUUACAUUUAUAUCCACCAUGGACUUAUAUUAUUUCAUAUGGUUCCUCUUUAUUCUAUAUGUUUUUAAUUCUGAUUAUUUUUCCAUUCUUAUCAUCAAAAUUAUCAACACAAGCAAAAAAUUCAUUUGCUAAAAUUCAUCAUACAUUAUUAUUUUUAUACUCAUUUAUUUCAUUUAUUUCUGCUUUAUAUUAUUUAUUUGAUACGAAUGAAAUAAGAAAUUGGUCAAAAUUUCUUUGUAGUCCGAUACCUUCUUGGCUUCGUCUAAUAUCGAUAACAUUUACUCUUUCAAAAAUUUGGGAAUGGUUUGAUACAGCUAUUCUAAUUUGGAAAGGAUACUCAUUAUCAAAAAUUGGAUUUCUUCAUAUUUAUCAUCAUGCAACAACAUUUUUAUUAUUCUUAUGUGCUAUGAAUUUUCCCGGUGCAGAAAAAAGUGGAAUGUUAUUGAAUGGUUUUGUUCAUACACUUAUGUAUUAUCAUUUUGCUUUUCGUUUACCAAAAUUUUUACGACCAUUGAUAACAACAUUACAAAUUGUACAAUUGCUUACAGUUACUUAUGUAUGGCAUAUUGUACCAAGUUCAUGUCCAGCAGAUCAACAUUUUCCUAAAAAGAAUUUUGUGGAGUUUCUUCUACCAUAUCUUAUCGUGCCAUUACGUUUUGGAGAUACUGUAGAUUAUUUGAUGAUUCUACUUGGUAUUAUUACUGCAAUUGUCUAUGCUAUUGGUCAUUUGUUUUUUGUUCAACUAUUUGGUGAAUUAGUUAGUUUAUUUGUUUUACGUGUAUCAAUUAUUCAUUGUCCUGUUGCUAAUCCAAUUAACUAUAUAUCUGACAACAAUUCGAAUAUCAGUAAUGAUUCAUUCAAUACGGAUGUUCAUACAAAAGUAAUUCACCUUAUAGUUAUUGGUCUAAUUCAAGUAGUAUUCAGUUAUCUUCAAUAUAUUUCAUGUGAAUUAUCUGCAACGCGAUUGACAAAUCGUAUGAGAAUAGAGCUUUUAAAAGCUACUUUUGCUAGAGAUAUUUCAUAUUUUGAUACUACAGAAAUCUCAAUUAACAAUUUUUUCGAUAAUAUUGCCACCAUACAAUUAGGGAUUGGAUGGCAAAGUUCAGUGGCAUUAUCAUCUAUAAUUUUUCUUAUCGGCAGUCUUAUUCUUGCAUUUAUUACUGAUUGGAAACUUACAUUGAUUGUUAUUAUUGCAGAACCAUUAAGUGUCGGUGCUGCAUUUAUGUUAUCGAAGUUAACAGCUCAGACAACUAUUUCAGAAAUUAAAUCGUAUGAUCAUGCCGGACAAGUUGCUCAAGAAGUUUUUACAGCUUUUCGAACUGUCACAGCAUUUAAUGCACAAGAUAAUGAAGAGAAACGAUAUGCAUCAGAAUUAAAAUAUAAUACGAAAUAUGCACUUCGUAAAGGUUUUAUCUAUGGUUGUUAUGUGGGAAUAAUUUCAAUCUUUACUUAUUGGACAACUGCACUCGGUUUUCUUGCAGGAAUAUGGCUCAAAUCAACAGGACGACAUCCAACACUCAAUAUUACUCAAAUAGUUGUAGUUGUUAUAUGUAUAACUGAAGGAUUACAAUUUCUUGGUUAUCUUGCUCCAAGUAUGAAAGCAUUUUUUGAUGCAUGUAAUAUUGCUGCUCCAAUUAUUCGAUAUAUCGAAGAUACAAAAAUCGAUAAUAUUCUAUCAUUAAGUAUGAAACCUUCGCUAAAAUUGAAAACAAAUCAACCAAUUGACAUUGUCUUUGAAAAUGUUUCAUUUUCUUAUCCGAGCCGGAAGAAAGAAUUGGCAUUAAAUAAUAUCAGUUUCAAAGUGAAAGCGGGUACAACUGUUGCACUUGUUGGUAGUUCAGGCAGUGGUAAAAGUACAUGUGUUCAGUUGUUACUCCGUUUCUACGAUUCAAAUAAUGGACAUAUCAACAUCAAUGGUCAUCCAAUUCAGGAAUAUGAUAAAAAUAAUUUACGGCAAAUUACUGGCCUUGUCAGUCAAGAACCGAUUCUUUUUGCAACUUCAAUCAAAGAGAAUAUCAGUUAUGGUAAAGAUAAUUCAACGUUUGAAGACGUUAUUGAAGCAGCUAAACAAGCAAAUGCUCAUGAAUUUAUUAUGAAACUUCCUCAUGAAUAUGAUACAUUAGUUGGUGAACGAGGUGUUCAAUUAAGUGGUGGACAACGACAACGUAUUGCUUUAGCACGUGCUCUUAUUUGUCAGCCAAGCUUAUUAUUACUUGAUGAGGCAACAAGUGCACUUGACUCUUCAAGCGAAAAACUUGUUCAAGAAACACUUGAUUGUGCUGUUCAAAAUCGAACAACAAUUAUUGUAGCUCAUCGUUUAUCAACAAUUCGUUAUGCAGAUUGGAUUAUAGUUAUAAAAGAUGGUUUGAUUGUUGAACAAGGUUCACAUGAUGAUCUAAUGACAAUCAAACAAUAUUAUUAUGAAUUAGUCAAUAAACAACAAAUGAAAUUAAUCAGUUCUGAAAUAAGAAAAGUACAUCUUGCAGAAGAAAUUGAUCAACCGGUAAUAAAUGAUAUUCAAUUAUCGAAUAAUGUAGAAGAAAUAAUUACUGAAGUUCCACAAACUGAUUCAAAUUCAUUUUAUGCAUUGAUCAAAUUAUUCAAACUUAAUGCACCUGAAUGGCCUUAUUUAUUGAUUGUUUGUUUAACUGGAAUACUAUCUGGUGGAUCUUAUCCAGCUUUUGCUUAUUCUUUAGCCGAAAUGAUCAGUUCAUUUGAAGAAUGUAUUGUUUCAGCACAAAUGGAUCGAGUCAUUGUUUUUAUAAGAAUUAUAUUCAUAUUAGGCAUUGCUAUUAUAAUAAUCAAAAUAAUUCAUUAUGUAUGUUUGGCUGUAGCUGGUGUACGAUUAACGAAUCGAAUACGAGUAAAAAUAUUUGGAUGUAUGCUACAUCAAGAAGUUGGAUGGUAUGAUAGGACUGAAAAUAAUACUGGUACUCUAUGUGCACGCCUAUCUACAGAUGCAUUAGCUAUUCAAUCAUUAACUAGUGCUCGACUUGGUUUACUCAUCGAAUCAUUAUCACUUUUGGUUAUUGCUUUGAUUAUUGGAUUGAUAUUUUCAUGGCAAUUGACAUUACUUGUCUUUGGUUUAAUUAUAUUCGCAUUUAUUUUUGCUAUUUAUGAAGUUCAAAGAAAAAGUAAAGUACAAACAUUGAUCGAAACAAGGUUAGCAAAUGCUAGUGAAAUUCUUACACAAAGUGUACGCAGUAUUCGUACAGUUUUUCAACUCAAUAGACAACAACAUAUAUUAAAUGAGUUUAAACAUAUCAUUGAUCAAUUCUAUGAUAUUACACAAUCGAAUGUAUUUAAAGGCGGUAUAUCAUUUGCUCUGUCUUAUCCAAUUGCUACAUUAAUUUUACCUUGUCUUGCUGAAUUAGCUGUUAAUUUACUUGAUAAGAAUCUUAUCGAUCCGGAACGUAUUGUUUUGUUAUUUGCUUUUGUACCAUUUGCUUUCGAUGUAAUUCAAGUAUCAACAAUGAUUUCAGCUGAAUUAGGUGGAACAACAGCAGCAGCUAGAGAUAUCAAUCAAUUAUUUGAACGUAUACCUUUGAUUGAUAAUAUGGCAACAGAUGGAAAAAUACUUGAGAAGUUUUCUGGAUCAAUUCAAUUCGAUAAUAUUGUUUUUUCUUAUCCAACCCGAAAAUCAGUUAAAGUACUCGAUGAUUUUCGAUUGAUAAUUCAACCUGGACAAAGUGUUGCACUCGUCGGCUCAAGUGGAUGUGGUAAAUCAACCAUGGCACAAUUACUCGAACGAUUUUAUGAUAGUAAUCAAGGACGUGUAUUAGUGGAUGGUUAUGAUAUAAAAACAUUGAAUUUAUCAUGGUUACGUUCCCAAAUUGGUCUUGUUAGUCAAGAACCAGCACUUGUAUUAGGUCUGUCAAUUGGAGAAAAUAUCUCGUAUGGUUGUUUAUCAAAUACAUUUCAUCAAACAGAUAUUAUUGAUGUAGCUAAACGAGCUCAUUGUCAUGAUUUUAUCGAACAAUUACCACAAGGAUAUAAUACAUUGGUGGGAUUGAAUGGCACGUCAUUUUUAUCUGGAGGUGAAAAACAACGUAUCGCUAUUGCUCGAGCAUUGUUUCGUAAACCAAAAAUUUUACUACUUGAUGAAGCAACUAGUGCAUUGGACGUACAUAAUGAACAGUUGGUAGAAGAAUCAUUGAAUGCUGCAAGACAAGAUGAUCCAUCACGAACUGUGAUUAUUGUUGCUCAUCGUCUAUCCACUAUUCAAUCAUGUGAUCUAAUCUGUGUUCUAGGUCCUAAUGGACGUCUAUUAGAAAGUGGUACACAUAUAGAAUUGAUGGCACGUGGUAAUGCAUACUAUAGAUUCGCACACGAUCAUGUGAUGUCACGAAGUCACGUAUGA